AUGCCAGACCUUGAGUCGCUUGCGCUCAGCAACGCGAAAAAGUCCAAGACGCUGUUUGCGGACACGGAGAGCGUCGCAGCAAGGAAACGGCAAAAGUUUAGUACCGAGACGGAAUUGGAGAAGCAGGCCAUUUCCAUUCGACUACGCACCGAAUAUGCCCAAGUCAAGGAGCUCCCCCCUGCGCUGGCCGCCAAACAAGUCAGCGCUCUGAGCGCCAGGAAAAAGAAGAGCAAAGGCACGGCUGUCGAGGGCGCCCCAGCUCCAGAAGAACAGAGGACACAAAAGCUCAUUGAAGGAAUCGCCGAGAAAACCACUUCGUCGCCACAGACACUGGGCUCCUCAACUGCCCUAGUGCAAAGAACCAAGCAACCCUUCACCUCGACCACAAGAGCCAGGGACGAGCCCUCCAAUCAGUUGACCACGGCCCGCGCUCAAGCCAUACAUCAGAUCAGGCCCGACUGGCACCCACCAUGGAAGCUCAUGAGGGUCAUCUCUGGCCAUCUCGGCUGGGUACGAGCUUUGGCUGUUGAGCCCAACAACCAGUGGUUUGCCAGCGGCGCCGGCGAUCGAACCAUCAAGAUUUGGGAUCUUGCCACCGGCAACCUCAAAUUGACUCUGACCGGCCAUAUAUCCACCGUGCGCGGACUGGCCAUUUCGCCCCGACACCCAUACCUUUUCUCUUGCGGUGAGGACAAGAUGGUUAAGUGCUGGGACUUGGAAACGAACAAGGUCAUACGCCACUACCAUGGGCAUCUAAGCGGUGUCUAUACAAUGUCUCUGCACCCCACUCUCGACGUCCUAGUCACUGGUGGUCGGGAUGGUGCUGCCAGAGUAUGGGACAUGCGAACGCGAAGCAACGUCCAUGUGCUCUCUGGCCACAAGCAAACCGUCGCCGACGUGAAAUGUCAAGCAGCCGACCCUCAGGUCAUCAGCGCAUCCCUCGACGCAACAGUACGACUAUGGGAUCUGGCAGCUGGUAAGACCAUGGGGGUUUUGACACACCACAAAAAGGGUGUACGUGCGCUUGCUCUCCACCCGACUGAAUUUACCUUCGCCUCAGCCAGUACUGGAAGCAUCAAACAAUGGAAGUGCCCCGAGGGCGCUUUCAUGCAAAACUUUGACGGCCACAAUGCCGUCAUAAACUCUCUGGCUGCCAACGAGGAGGUCCUGUUCUCAGGUGGCGACAAUGGCUCCAUGAGCUUCUGGGACUGGAAGUCGGGUCACAGGUACCAAUCGCUAGACUCGAUUGCGCAACCUGGAUCUCUAGAUGCUGAGGCCGGUAUCAUGAGCUCCACUUUCGAUCAGACCGGUUUGCGACUGAUAGUAGGAGAAGCGGAUAAGACCAUCAAGAUUUGGAAGCCGGAUCCGGAUGCGACACCCGACACACACCCGCUGGAGUGGAAACCGACUCUAGGCCGACAGAAGUACUAG